AUGCGACUAAACCUACAGGACACCGGCUACGACGAUAUUCGAAUGGAUCUGUUAUUGGAUAAAGUAAAAAGCACGAGCUCUACGAACGGCACGCUCUGGACAGCGGCGCGCGGCGAUGCGCUAGUCAACGUCCCACAUCGCCCGCGUCGGACUUUUAUAUUCCAUAUUAAAGUUGACCUCUCGACAUUUUGUAACGAUCUUGCGCAAGGACUGCAUGCAGCCUACUCUGUUGUACAAGAUCUAAUG